CCUUCACUGAGACUGACCCCACAGACUGACUGUGCAGACGACAAGAUUGUAAGAAUCGUCGAAGCCGUGAUCAGGUGCACGGGCAGUCAUAUGACAGUCCCAGUUCCUGAUAUCGGGGGAAAAAAUAUGUUGAUCUCAACUUUCAUUGCCGCCCUCUGCAUUGCUGCUGUGGCAGCAGAGGGUGAGCUUCAAGUUCUUCAUUCGACUGAUUCCCUUCACUUUCACGGUCAUGAACGGUUGUCUCAAGACACAUUGAAAGAAGUACUUUCAGCUUCCUUAGGAUUUACCAUUGAAAAGAGCAGUGACUGGAAAGGUCUCCGCAUUUUGGAUCCAUUCCAGUACAGUGAGGCAGUAGCUGUGCUGGUUGUGGAUGGAGUGAAAAACUUAGACUCUAAACUUCCUCAUAUCCACCGGUAUCCCUUAACAACAACAGAGCACGAGGAGGAUACCUGGCAGUCUUUGCGAUCACGUAUUGAUGCAAGAUUCCCCCACAAAGUUCACAAUAACUCUGUGUACCGUGUGGAUCUCCAAGAUAUUGUGACAGGUGGACAAUCCCCUCUUCUUGAUGGUGUGCGUAUUGCUCAAGAUGCUCAGGAAUACAAAUACCUUGAUGUGGAUGUUGAGGAAGAUGCUCAAUUGUUAAAAGAAGUUCAAGUUCUUCGAGCUCUUGCUCACAAGAUUGAGACACUGGGCAUUGCUCACGAUGGGCUUCCAGACCUGUACUGGAUUGUGCUGAGGGGGCUUCAUGCUGUUUCUGACCGCCAUGGAGCUACUUCUCUAGCCACUAUUGAAGCCAAACAGCUUGUUUCAGAAGCUGGGAAUGCCCUCAGUCAAGCUUUCAGCAACGUAUAUGAUGGCCGGGUCGUAUUUGCCACAGUAGCUACUGAUUCCAGUCACACUCGCCGAGCUCGUAGCCUCCUCCAAGAUAGCUCCGCAGACACACCUGUGACCAUCGAUGAUCCAACUGCCUACAGUGAUGACUACCCAGUUAUUUUCAACAUCAUCCUCUGGUUUUCUGUUGUAUUGAUCUUUGCUCUUAUUGCUAUAUCAGUUGCUAUUGCUGACAUGGAUCCAGGAAGAGACUCAAUUAUCUACCGUAUGACAAGCACAAGGAUGAAGAAGGAUAACUAGUAUUUUAAACAAAUCGUUUCUCAUAUCAUAGGCGUUGCUUCAAAAAAAAUGCCUGGGUGAUAUCUGGUCUGUAAUAACUUAAUUUUGAAAGCAAUAUUUAAGUUUGUUUUGGUAUAAAGAAGUAAUCUAAUGUAAUAGAUAUAUAACUGGCAAUGAGAUAUUUUAUGGCUUGGAAGUCUUACUGCUUAAUUCACAUUUACAUGCUUUAAUUCCAUUUCUUUUAAUGACAUUUUUAAGUGCAUUUGUAAGCAUUCCGAAUCAAUAAUUGCCUUGUUGAUGUACAUUGUAGUGUAUGUGUGUAUGUCUGUGUGUGUGUGUGGAAGAUAAAAUAUUGUACAUAAAUUUAGUCACAUGUUGUUCAACUUAUUUUUAUGCUAGGUCUUAUGUUGUUUCAACUCAGUAGCCCUCCUGUUGUGAUUUUAUAUGAUUUGUUAUUCUAAAAUUUUUGAAAUCUUAUUCAUUAGUACUGUUACGUUCACAAUGUAAGCAGGCAGGCAGUUGGUUCAGUUUUACAAUUUCAUGUUUGUAGAGUGCUUUCUCAGGCAUUGGCUCAUAUUUCUGUAUGGCCAUAUGAUCUUGUAAAUUUACUGUUGUUGAAUUUUAAAUGUAACUUAUAAACACAAGUAUCAAUGACCGCACGUUUUUUUUUAGCAUGUUAAAGACCACACAUUCAUUAAAUAUUUUAAUGAAAACACCCUUGGUCCCGUAAGAAGAUUGUAAAAUUUGUAUAUUCAAAUGUCAUGUUGUUCAAAAUUGUAGCAAUGUAUGUAAAUGAUAAUUAAACAAAUCCAACCAACAAA